AUGGCAUUGCCUGAAAGCCAAGACCACUGGUGCAAAGAAGACAUUGAGAAAUUACUGGAACGCAUGGACAAUAACCUUCCAUCCAAUGAUAGACACACAUUCAGAACCACCCAGUCACAGAUGAACUGGGGAAAAGUAGCUUUUAAAGAUUUUUCUGGAGAAAUGUGCAAACUCAAAUGGUUAGAGAUUUCUUAUAACUUGAGAAAAUGUCGCACUUUGAAAGAAUUAGUCCUGGAAGCUAAGGAAGAUGCUAAAAAUCUCUCCAAAAGCAAAAGACGCAAGAAACAUCCUGACUUCCCCAAGAAGUCCCUGACUGCUUACCUGCGCUUCUUCAGGGAGAAGCGGGCCCAGUACUCCCAAAUGCACCCCAAGCUGAGCAACCAGGAGCUGACCAAGCUCCUGUCUGAGGAGUCCAGGGAGCUCCCAGAGCAGACGAAGCUGAAAUAUAGUCAAGAUUUCCAAAAGGAGAAACAGGAGUUUGAGGAGAAACUGGCUCGAUUCAGGGAAGACCACCCUGAUCUAGUUCAGAACCCCAAGAAAUCUGAUAUGCCCAAGAGGGGCCCAACCAAAGCCCAAAAGAAGUUUCAGGGAAAUGUGAAAGAAGUGAAGUCUUCCCCAGAGAACUGUUUUUCCAAGCAGAUGAAAUUCCGUGGAGAGCCCCAGAAGCCCCCCAUGCACGGAUACCAGAAGUUCUACCAGGACUUGUGGCUGAGUAGGGAGCUACAGGCCAUGCCCCUGAGGGGUCGCAUGGUGGAGAUUGGCAGACGCUGGCAGCGCAUCCCGCAGAGCCAGAAGGAGCGUUACAAGAAGCAGGCUGAGGAGCUGCAGAAACAGUACAAGGUGGACCUGGAUCACUGGCUCAAGAGUCUGUCUCCUGAAGAAUACGCUGAAUACAGAGAAGCAACCUAUGCUAAGCGUAGGAACAUGAGCAUGAAGGGAGGCCCGGACCCCAAGAUCAGACGGAUGGAUCCGCAGUCCCCAUCAGCAAGGAGUCCUCAAGAAGGCCUUGGAGAGGAGCAGGGGCUGCGGGCUCCAGAGACAGAAUCACCAGAGUCUGUUGGGGGAAUUUUUCAUGCCUCACCGAGAUCAGAAGAAAAUAAGGAAGAUGGGGAAGAGGAGGAAGGCAGGAACUCCUCAGACUCCAGCAGUGAGGAUGAAGAUGAAGAUUGGGAGGCUGAGGGCAGUGAGUCCAGCUCCUCUUCCUCAGGGGACCACUCUGACUCAGACUCCAACUGACUUUGUUCACACCCUACCGGGCAGUACAGCGAGCUGUGCAGCAGAAGGGCAGGGCGUCUACAUCA